AGUAAAGGCACUAGUACACGUCAUUUUUUAAACGAGAACGUCCAACUGCUUGAAAAGUGAAUCUUGUUUCUUUUAUCAGCACUGAAAAGUAAACAAUCAAAAGUGCGCAAGAUUACCGGACAGCAUCGUGCUGUUACGCGGUGCUACCAAGACUCAACAUGCGUGAGCACAGUGAAUUCAUUGAGGAGCGCCAACUUCCGCCGUGGCUACAUCCCACCAUCUCUAAAUUUGACGCCAGAUACGAUUCCCCGCCAUUGCUAGUGUGCCACCGCGAUAUUGCGCGGGAAUACAUGUCGUGCGCCGUGCACCUUUCCUCUCGUAACGCCGAUAAGAGCAUCCUAGAGCAAUAUUUCUCCGUCGACGAUGAAGGUGGGCGCUCCAGGAUAAGACGGAAGAGCGCGGCAAGGGAGCGUGGAAAAGAAACAUAUGCAGAUAAUAAUAAGAGCGAAGAUAAGCAAGUGGCAAAAGAACAUACCAGUGGUCUAAAAUGUGCAACGUCUACUGCACUGCCUAGUCGUCCCAAGCUUGAAUUGUCAUGUGCUUGUAUCAAGUCCUCUUGUGUGGAUGUGUGUCCGAAGGCAGUAGACUUAUUUGCUCCAAAGUCACUGUCAAGCGCAGCUGAAAAUGAUCGUGAUACAAAGGCACAUGUUUACCUCAAUAGGACAGAGACAGAAACCUUAAUGAACAUAGAGAUACUGACGAAGUCGAGUCGGCCUCUGCCUAGAAUACCGUGCCAGAGAGGAGCGGAUUCAACUUCGGUUAUAAGCCAAGAGAACGUAACAAAAACGUACACAGUCCAUGCAAGUCAAACAACUUUUAGCAGUCGUAAAAGUAAGUCGCGAAAAAGCGCUGAUGAAAUAUCAUCGAUUGUGAAGGAGUGUCGAAAGAUUGGUGAUGAUCUAAGAACACUUCGAUGGAGUGUUUUAACAAGCUUGGACAAGUCAAAGGAAGAGCAAGUGCAAUUUAAUGUAAUUGAUUGUAUUAUAAAGGCUCAGUUUAACAAAGUUCUGAAAACCCUGCGUAAAACCCGGACGUUGUACGAAGAAGCGUGUCACAGUUGUGGAAAUUUUAAACCCGGAAAGGCAUCGUUUCAUUCAGGCUUUUAUUGUAAUAGACUAGCUUUUGUAAGCACGACGAAGCAGGUUGACGAACUGCGUUUCUUGAUGAAAAACGACCUCACCGGCAUGCAAAAACGGUUGUUCCUAAACGACGAAGACUUAGAAAUUGGAGCAAUAUUUCAACACAUCGUCGUACUAUUGGAUCUUGUGGACGCCAUCACCACACUGAGACUGUUUGUGACGCAUAUAAAGAACGCUGUCCAACAGGAGACAGAGAACAAUAUCAAAAUAUUAGUUAACAUUUCAGCUAUUGAGAGUUUGAAAACGAAAGUAUUAGCAAAGUGCGUAGGAAUGAAAAUCCAAAAAUAUGGAAAAGGAAUUCUUAAUCCCUCUAGUGGAAUAACAAAAGAUGGUUGCGUCCAUGUUAGUGCUAUACCUGUGUCACAGCAAUGGUCAACUAGUCCGGACCGGACACAUGGUUCAGUUAGCGCCAUUCGUCACCUGGAGGCGCACAUGGAGUCCUCGCUAGACAAUGCACACAUGGAGCCUUAUGGAGAACGAAGGGCUAAACUUGCGCAACGUGACUGCCGAAUUCUCUGAACAACUCUUGAACGGCGGUCACAACUGAGAAACUGCCUAUGCAGACUUAUACAUACAUGUACCUUGUAUAGUUUUUACAAUUAUUAAACUUGGCAGAAAUAGUUUCGAACGGAUAUUUUUUCCGAUUAAAAUAUAUGGCAAUCUUUGAGAAAUCAGUAUAAUAAGAUCGUUUUGAUAACUGUUA